AUGGAGCAGUUUGUGCCUGCUGAUCGGUCUUUAACGGUCUGCAGGCGGGUAUGUUACGCAGCGGGCCAUUUUCUGAACGACCUGUGCGCCUCGAUGUGGUUCACUUACCUGCUGGUCUACCUCCACUCCGUGCUCGGCUUCCAGAGCACCUAUGCAGGUGUGAUGCUGCUGAUUGGUCAAAUAGCGGACGGAGUCUGCACGCCAUUGGUUGGAUAUGAAUCCGACAGAACAACAGGAAUCUACGGCAAAAGAAAAAGCUGGCAUCUACUGGGAACUGUUUGUGUUCUUGUGUGCUUCCCCUUCAUUUUCAACCCCUGCCUGGCCUGUGACAACAACACCCCUCCGUGGGCUCAGCUUGUAUACUUCACCCCCUUCAUCAUCAUCUUCCAGUUCGGCUGGGCAGCCACUCAGAUCUCACACCUGUCCCUCAUCCCGGAGCUGGUGUCCCGCGAGAGCGACAAGGUGGAGCUCACGGCGUAUAGGUAUGCAUUCACUGUGGUGGCCAACAUCACAGUGUACGCUGUGGCCUGGCUGCUCUUUCACUUCCAGGCUCAGCACAACGUGGACCCCUCCAUCACAGACAACCUGGGCCAGGUGGACAUUCCUCUGUUCAGGACGCUGGCCCUCAUUAUGCUGGGCACUGGAGCUUUAUUCUCCUUGAUAUUUCACGUGGGCACUAAAGAGGACGUGCCGGCGCCAGGGACAGGUGAUCGGCUGAUCACGGCUUCCGCCUCACAGGAAGAUUUGCCUCGUCCUGUGUUUCAGUGGAAGCACUGGCUGAAGGAGCCCUCCUUCUACCAGAUGGCUUUCCUGUACAUGUGCACCAGACUAAUGGUCAACUUAUCUCAGACCUACAUCUCUGUUUACCUCACCAACUCGCUGAUGUUACCAAAGAACUUCAUUGCCAUCAUACCUCUGGUGAUGUACGUCAGUGGCUUUGUUUGCUCAUUGGCCAUGAAACCACUCAGCAAGCUCAUAGGAAUCAAUAUUACCUAUUUGAUCGGCCUGUUGCUGGUGUUUGGCUUUGCCACCUGGGUGUUUGUGGAUGAGAACAUGGGAGCUGAGAGUAUCUAUGGAGCCGCCGUGCUGCUGGGAGCUGGUUCAGCUACGGUCCUGGUCAUGUCUCUGUCCAUGACAGCCACACUCAUCGGGGAGCAGACGCAAAGUGGAGCCUUUGUUUAUGGAUCAAUGAGCUUCACAGACAAGGUGGCGAAUGGCGUGGGGGUCAUCCUCAUCCAGAGUGCCCGACCAUGCAGCACAGAGGCCUGCUGCCCAGCAUGUGUGUGGUUUUAUCGUGACGUCAUGGUGACAGUAACCGGGGGCGUGGCUUUGGCCGCAGCACUUUGCCUGUUCACAAUCCUAAUCUGGCCAAUCAGGAUUCGGAAAAAUUAGGGUUCAAAAUCUACACUACACAUUGGUAGUCAUUGUGUCCUACCUCUGCACACACACACACACACACACACACACACAAAGGAAAACGACCACUUGUUUUGUGUUUUCUUUAGACUUCACUCUUUUUGUUUGUUUUUGUUAAAAUCCACAGUUACUAUUUCAGAUGGAUACUGAGCACACUCAUAUUUUAGUUCAAGGAUCAAGCUCUACUCACUAAUCUUUCAAGAUAUUCGGACAUAAUUUUCUAAAUAUUUUGCAUUUAAUGUAGGACAAGGGAAAUGGUGCAGUGGAUAAAGCCAUGCUGCCACCUAGUGUAUGAAUUUCUAACUACACUGCUUUUCCUAGGUGAGCUUGAGGGCUUUUAAAACUGGGAAUUAUAUUAAAUGCCUUUAAAUGGAUUCAGAGGAAUAGAGGAAAUGUAGAAAAUGAUCACUAUCACACAAACUCAUAAAUACAAAAUAUUAUACUUCAUAUAGACAUCUAGAAGUCAAGGGCAAUUGCUUUACAAGUUGUCAUCCUUGACUGAGGACUUCCAGAUAUGCACGACCUGGAUGACUCAGGGUCUUCACACACAUGACACACAUGUUUGUAAUAGAAUGUGAAGUAACCCCUGCCUUGGUUUUCUACUGUGAAUGUAGCCAAUGUUUUCAUUGACCUGGCAGCAAUUGUGGCGCUGGUCCAAGGAACUGAACUGGUUGAACUUGGUUCCUCUGUGUGUGUGUGUGUGUGUGUGU